AUGCUGGAGGAGCUCGGGGUCCGCAUGGACAAGUACACGUCGAUCGUGAGGACUGCGGCGGGAGAAGACCGGUCAAUUAUAGGUCGAGUACACGUUCCGGUAGAAUUCAAGGGAGUGGAGAAGGUACUUACCUUUUACGUAUGCCCGUACCUGGAGCAAGAGCUAUACCUUGGGAUCGAUUUCUGGAGGAAAUUCGCGUUGGCACCGGCUAUCCUCGGAGAGAUACCAGCAACGAAACCGAAGGCGAACGUAUCAGCCAACACUUGCAUCAGGCCUACGAGCGGAGCAGCCGGCAAUACAACAAGCGCGCCCGUGAGUUCCACGUGAAACCAGGCCAAGAA